AUGACUAGGGACGCUAUUGUGCUGAAUCGUGAUACCCCCCGUGCCGCUGGCCUACGAGACCCGGCCGUCUCGCCGGACACUAGCAGACAGCAAGAAGAGCAUGAACACGAGCUCGGCUCCAAAGGGAAAGCCUGGCUAAAAUGGGGAGCCAAUUUGAUGGGCGAUACCGUUUUAGCUGCGUGGAGUAGCAAGACUUUUAGAACGCCUAAGGGAGGAGUCGAUUAUCGUGCGAAGGAUUGA